AUGUGUCCUCAGAAGCUAACCAUCUCCUGGUUUGCCAUGGUUUUGCUGGUGUCUCCACUCAUGGCCAUGUGGGAGCUGGAGAAAGAUGUUUAUGUUGUAGAGGUGGACUGGACUCCCGAUGCUCCUGGAGAAACAGUGAACCUCACCUGUGACACACCUGAAGAAGAUGACAUCACCUGGACCUCAGACCAGAGACGUGGAGUCAUAGGCUCUGGAAAGACCCUAACCAUCACUGUCAAAGAGUUUCUAGAUGCUGGCCAGUACACCUGCCACAAAGGAGGCGAGACUCUGAGCCACUCACAUCUGCUGCUCCACAAGAAGGAAAAUGGAAUUUGGUCCACUGAAAUUUUAAAAAAUUUCAAAAACAAGACUUUCCUGAAGUGUGAAGCACCAAAUUACUCUGGACGGUUCACGUGCUCAUGGCUGGUGCAAAGAAACAUUGACUUGAAGUUCAACAUCAAGAGCAGUUCAGGUUCCCCUGACUCUCGGGCAGUGACAUGUGGAACGGCGUCUCUGUCUGCAGAGAAGGUCACACUGGACCAAAGGGACUAUGAGAAGUAUUCAGUGUCCUGCCAGGAGGAUGUCACCUGCCCAACUGCCGAGGAGACCCUGCCCAUUGAACUGGCGUUGGAAGCACGGCAACAGAAUAAAUAUGAGAACUACAGCACCAGCUUCUUCAUCAGGGACAUCAUCAAACCAGACCCGCCCAAGAACUUGCAGAUGAAGCCUUUGAAGAACUCACAGGUGGAGGUCAGCUGGGAGUACCCUGACUCCUGGAGCACUCCCCAUUCCUACUUCUCCCUCAAGUUCUUUGUUCGAAUCCAGCGCAAGAAAGAAAAGAUGAAGGAGACAGAGGAGGGGUGUAACCAGAAAGGUGCGUUCCUCGUAGAGAAGACAUCUACCGAAGUCCAAUGCAAAGGCGGGAAUGUCUGCGUGCAAGCUCAGGAUCGCUAUUACAAUUCCUCGUGCAGCAAGUGGGCAUGUGUGCCCUGCAGGGUCCGAUCCUAGGAUGCAACGUUGGAAGGAAAGAAAAGUGGAAGACAUUAGGGAAGAAAAAUUUAAACUCAGGAUGAAAG